AUGGAGCCUUCUGAAGCAACUAGUCAAAUUAGCAAAGAUAACUUUUUAGAAGUUCCUAAUUUAUCCGAUUCUCUUUCUGAAGAUGAAGAAGUUAAAGCUACUUUCAAACCUGGUUUCUCCCCUCAACCAAGUAGACGAGGUUCUGAUUCUUCUGAAGACAUGUGCAUGGACACCCCAUCUUCAGGUACGAGAAGAGUUUCAUUUGCUGAUAACUUUGGAUUCAGUCUUGUGUCUGUUAAAGAAUUUGAUUGCUGGGAAUUACCAAGUAGUUCAACCAAUUUGGACUUAAAUAAGGACAUUUUUCAUACAGAAGAAUAUGUUUUAUCUCCACUAUUUGAUUUGCCUUCUUCAAAAGAAGAUCUUAUGCAAAAACUUCAAGUACAGAAAGCAGUACUGGAAUCAACUGAGUGUCUUCCUGGGUCUACAAGUAUGAAGGGAAUUAUUCGAGUUCUGAAUAUUUCUUUUCAGAAGUUAGUUUAUGUGAGAAUGUCCUUAGAUGACUGGCAGACAUACUAUGACAUCUUAGCAGAAUAUGUCCCUAAUUCAUGUGAUGGUGAAACUGACCAGUUUUCCUUUAAGAUUUUGUUGGUUCCUCCUUAUCAAAAAGAUGGCAGUAGAGUUGAGUUUUGUAUACGUUAUGAAACUUCUGUUGGUACAUUUUGGUCAAAUAACAAUGGUGUAAAUUAUACAUUGGUUUGUCAAAAGAAAGAACAAGAGCUGGAACCUGUAAAACCUAAGGAAGAAGUAUCUAGUAGACACAUGAAAGGCUGCUUAAAGGUAAAAUCAAGUAAAGAAGAAUCAUCGGUGACAUCAGAAGGGAAUAACUUUGAGGAUUCAAAGGUUAUAGAUACCUAUAUCCCAACAAUUGUUUGUUCUGCUGAUGACAAGGAAGACUUGGAGACUGGUAAUCAAAAUGCAAAAGACGUAAACAGGGAACAUGAUGAACAUAAUGAAAAAGAAUUAGAGUUGAUGAUAAAUGAACGCUUAAUACGAACUAGACGUACUCCUCCCAGAGAUGAAAAGAAUACAUUUUCAACAGAUCCAGUCAAUUUUCCAAAUAAAGCUGAAGGGUUGGAGAAGAAAAUCCGCCAUGAGAUAUGUACUGACUUGUUCGAAAGGCCUUUGUCUCCAAGUUCAUCAGCAGAAAGCUCCUUACAGAGAGAUUUUUACUACAAUGAAAAAUAUUCCUCAGGAAAUGAGUGUAGUUAUCAACCAUCAGAGAAAAUUACCUCAGGUAUGGGAGAAAUCAAGCCAUCAUUGGGAGAUGCUAGCAGUGAUGAAUUAGUGCAAUUAUGCGUCAGCAGCAAAGAACUGGAUGAUAAUGCUAAUCCAGCCCAAGAGAGGGGCAGAGUGCAAAUAUCCUGUCCCUUCCCAGAUCAACUAAUGGCAGGCAGCCUUAAGAAAAAACAUAAAGGAGAAGCUAAGAAAAUUGAAAUAAAAGAUCGGGAAUGUUUAAGAAGAGAUUUCCAUUCAGGAGAAUCUGCAUAUCUGGAAGAAACAACACGAAAAGGAUCUUCCAGGGAAGAUUAUGGCAGUGGUGAGGAUAAGGAAGAGCAAAGAAUACAUUUAAGUCUUCAUGAAAAAGAAAACAGCAAUUUUCAAUCAGACUUCCAUGACCAAGAAAGGAAGACAGGCCACUCUCAAAUAAGUGUGGAAGUAUUAGGAGCUAGUAGCAAAGACCUAACUGCUCUGUUGAGCAAGGAGACCACAAUUCCCAGCCGGCCAAUAACAGCAGAUACGUUUCCUUCACCAAGGACACAUUUAAGUUGGGAAGAAGUUGUGGUAACAACCCCAGAGCGUGAUUUCAUGACCAGUGGAGGCACGACUUUAGGAGGGAUGCCGGGGCAAGUCUGUUCACCAAGAAAUGAAAAUGCUUUGAGGAAUGAUUAUCCUUUCCAAGUUGAAGAAGAAAAAUCAGAUUGGGUUAAUCCUGAAGAUCAGAAGAAGAACACACGGCAUAAACUCAGUUGGAAUGUUCUAGAAAGUCAGAGAAAAGCAAGAGAGAGUAAGACAAAUGUAGCAGAACAGGUCACAAAACAAGCAGAUUGUGAAGACAUAUGGGAAAAGAGAGAUAACACAAGGAGUUUGAAAGGUACUUCUACAGAAUUGUUUACCUGCCAAGAAACAGUAAGCUGUGAACUGUCUUCGCUAGCUGAUCAUGGUAUUACUGAGAAAGCAGAAGCAGGUACAGCUUAUAUAAUUAAGACAACAUCAGAAAGUACUCCAGAAAGCAUGUCUGCUGGAGAAAAAGCAAUAAUUGCUAAGCUACCUCAAGAGACAGCAAGAAGUGACAGGCCCAUCGAGGAAAGGGAAACAGCGUUUGAUCCACAUGAAGGGAGGGAUGAUGACUCACAUUAUACCCUUUGUCAACAGAAUACAGGAGCUGUAAUCUAUGACAAUGAUUUUGAAAAGAAAUCACAUUUAGGUAUUUGUAAUGUACAUGUAGAUGAAAUGGAGAAGGAAGAAACCAUGUCUAUGUACAAGCCUGGGAAGACACAUGACAGGGAGAAAAGUAGCACUGGAAAUAUAACAUCUGUAGAAGAAUCCUUACAGGCCAUUACAGGGCACCAUAAAGCAGCUUUGAAAAGGGAUUUACACUUGGAAAUGUUGCCAACAGAUGAAAAAAUGUUUUCAGAAAAUAGAGAUGAUGGGAAAGUCCAAGAAUUAUCAAUGAAAACAGACUUAGAUGUCCUCACUCCUUCUGCUUUUAGCUCAGACACUAAUAGAGCUUCUCAGAAUGGUUCUGACAUUUCUAAUCACCAUACUAAAACUUCAGUGCCAUCUGACAAACAGACAACUGCCGCAGAGAAUGCAGUUACUACUGUGGCUAUCCAUUCUAUUUCUAAUAAAUCAGAAAAUAAUUGUAAUCCAACAAGUGAAAUCCAGGAUGUUGAGAAGCACCCUCAUCCUGGGUCUAUAGCUGAAGAAGUUCCCAAAAGCUCAGGAAAAGUGGCAUCCAGUUGUAGAGGAGAAAGAUGCAUAGGCCAGGUUUUCCAACAAGGAGAAUGCAGUGUGGAAAAAUCUCUAGGGCCAAUGAUUUUAGUCAGUGAACCUUUUGAGAACAAGGAAGAAGCAAGGCAUGGCAAUGAAGGGUUACUAAACUCCGAAAAAUCAUUAUGCUCUUCAGGUAACAAGGAAUGUGAAAAUUCUGCCUCUACUAGUCCCCCGGCCGAAGAAGGUCAAGCUCAAUGCAGUGAAUCUCUGCUUUCAAGAUACAUCAACUCAAAAAUACCUUAUUUCCUUUUGUUUCUGGUAUUUCUUGUAACCAUCUACCACUAUGAUUUAAUGAUUGGCUUGGCAUUCUACCUUUUUUCAUUGUACUGGCUAUCCUGGGAAGGGGGGAGACAAAAGGAGUCUGUCAAAAAGAAGUAACCUCAGCAAUAUUACUUUUCUCUCUUAAAACGUAACGUAUUUAGUCCCAAACAUUUGGAUUGGUGAAACAGGCUAUUCAUUGUUCAAAGAGCCAGCGCAGUUUUUCUCUUGAAGGAUCAUUUAAAAAGGAAUGCGUAUGAAGUUUGCUCCUUCAUAUAAGUAAUUAUUCUAUAUAGGACCAUUAUGUUUGGAUCAUUAAAUACCUAUAUGAAUAUGAGAUCUGAAGCACGUCAAGUUGAAAUUAGGUACAGCUGUUGCUCCUUAGCAGGUUAUGAAGUUGCAAUGCUUCACAUCUCUUCACUACUUAAAGUGCCAUUUCUUACAUUCAUUUCUUUUGCCGUAAAGCUUCUUUUUUUUUUUUCCUGAGAGUAUUUUUCCCCCUACAGCUUUUAAAACUAGAAAAAAAUGGACAAUGGCAGAAGGACAUUUUUGGUCUUUUAGUAUUGACCAUGAAAUUUGCAUUUACCACUGUAUCAUUUAUUGUCACCUUUUGAUAGCUCAAAUCUCUCACUUUGCAUUUCUUAUUUCUAAGAACAACACCCAUGUAUACUGA